ACCAAUUCAUUAUUCAAUAUCUUAUAGCUGGGCUGUCUGAAAUAUAAAUGCUUUUCACAUUCUGAUCCACCGCUCACUCGGUCCGCAUCUCCUAGGUGCUCGAUCUAAGUAUAAAGAAAUUGUUUGGAGUGUUUACUGAUUGUACUCUGUAAGAGUGAAAGCAGGAAAAUAAUUCAGAGAAGAGAGAGAGAGAGAGAGCAUGGAAGAGAAGAGAGGUAGCAUUGCCUUCUUCGCAACCUAUAAUCCACCGGUGCCUCUGGACAUAUUCUCAUGUCCUGUUCCACCCACGUCGAAGCAUGAUGAGCUACACAUGACUGAUGGGCUCUCCUACAAUUACAACUGCCGAGUCAUUCCACCACAAGCUCUCAAGACCAUCAUCAAGCGCCCAAAAUUGGCUUCUGAAGCCACAGAAGCUGAUGUUGAUUCUGGUCGUCUCUCAGGCUUGGUUUUUGUUUCCGAACGAGAUAAGAACCUCGAGACGCUUCACAUAGCCCUUCGCUUCACUGACAAAGUUAAAGUCUUCAGUUUCGCCGAUGUCUACGGCACUUUCAGUGAUGCUCGCAUGGAAGACAGUGGUUGCAUUGCCGGUGGUUAUAAGGUUGGUAGUCGUACUAUCGAUCAUUCUCUCGUUUAUGUCACCACCAAGGACCAGCCGAAAGAUCGUCGUCAGCCAUGGACUGUCGUUUAUAAAACCAAUCUUAAGACCGGAAAAACUGAAUCCCUCACCCCAUCAGGGGUAAGUGAUUUAAGCCCAUCUGUGUCACCAUCUGGAAGAAAGGUAGCGGUGGCGUCAUUCCAGGGAAAGGGCUGGAAUGGCGAGAUUGAAGAUCUACAGACUGAUAUUUAUAUGAUGAAUGUAGAGAAGCCUCCCUUGGAGCGCAAGAGAGUUAUAAAAAAUGGUGGGUGGCCAACAUGGGGAAGUGACGCCGUCAUAUUUUUUCAUCGGAAGGUUGGGGAAUUUUGGGGUGUGUUUCGAUACGACAUUAGCAAUGAUGAAGAAGUCCGUGUGACGCCGGACGGUAUUAGUGCGAUAACUCCGGCAGCCCUCAACGAAACUAAAGUGGCAGUGGCAACUAUCCGUCAGAAAUCAGAAUUCAGCGACGUUCGUGUAGAAGCACAGUAUCGGCAUAUUGAGAUUUUUGAUUUAACUGCACCAGAACAAUCCACGAAAAUCACUCAAAUAACCAGACCAAAGGCUGACCAUUUCAACCCCUUUGUAAUAGAUGGGGGGAAGCGCAUAGGUUACCAUCGCUGCAAAAGCGACCUUCUCAAGCAUGGAGACGAUAUCCAAAGAAAUUUCCACAAGCUUCACUCUCCACAUCCAGAUGUAGGACUUUUUAGGGUGUCGGGUGUAUUUCCAACAUUUUCCAAGGAUGGCUCCAAGCUUGCAUUCGUUGACAAUGAGUUCAAAGCCGUGUGGGUGGCCGAUAGCCAAGGAUUGCGCAUUGUCUACGAGACGAAAGGCCCAGACAACAUAUUCUCACCAGUUUGGAACCAAGAUCCACAAAAGGAUGUACUGUAUGUAUGCAUGGGACCUUCUUUCAACGCCGGCAAAACAUUGGAAAUCUGCGCCAUCCCCAAUGUGUCUAGUGGUGCACGACAACGUCGAAAGCUCACAAAAGGAUUCAAUAAUGCCUUCCCAUCCAGCAGUCCAGACGGGAUGAAAUUAGUUUUUCGAUCCACAAGAGAUGGAGGGGAUAAGAAAUACAAGAAUCUAUACAUAAUGGAGGAUGCAGAAGUCGGGGAAUAUGGGAAUGGCAAAGUAACAAGGCUAACAAAUGGGCCUUGGACUGACACACAUUGCCAAUGGUCCCCGACGGGAGAUUGGAUAGUAUUCUCAUCAACUCGCGACAAGCCGAAAGAUGCACCAGAAACUGACAAUGGUCUCGAUCCAGGAUACUUUGCAGUGUUUUUAGUGAAGGCAAACGAUCCAUCAGUUGUGGUAAGAGUGAUAAAAGGUGGAGAUGACCUUGCUGGGCAUGUGAACCAUCCUUUCUUCAGUCCAGAUGGAAAGAGCAUUGCUGUGACUUCGGAUCUUGCUGCAGUGUCUGUCGAUCCAAUUUCUUUACCUCUUUUCUUGCACUCUGUGAGGCCUUAUGGAGAUGUCUUCACUGUUGAUAUAGAUCCAGAUGACAUAAAUAAGAACAAGGAUGUGAAGAAGUUCCAUCGCGUCACGCAUAGUAGAUACGAGAAUUCCACUCCUACUUGGACCAUGUUCGCAACUGAUGAUCCAAAUGCAACUUGGAACCUACUUUUAAAGGAUCACUAUGCCCCGUCAUGCCCUUAUGCAUACCCUGAUGGAGGUGAAAGUUGGCAUAUGACUGGCCACCUUUGCAUUCCAAAAAGGUGUUGUUGAUUGCUUUUGUUUCCGGAAAAUACUUACCAAGAUAUAAACAUAUGAAUUUCAAAUGUUUUAUAUAUGUAAGUCCACCGUGCUUAUUGUGUUUUGAGUCUACUAUAGUGGACGUCUAGGCAAUAAGUUUCUAUAUUUCCUAUGCACAUGGUUUGUUUUCAAUCUACGCUUUUGUUUCAUGUUUCAAUAAAUGUAGAACCACGGGCAUGGCUACAAAAUUCUAUGCUUGUUUUCAAA